UACCCUGCGGCUACGGUAGUCACGUGAUAGUGGGCGUUGACCGCUGAGGCUUGUCUGGGCGGAUUCUGCGUCUCUAUGGUUGGCAGAGGUGGACGGCUUUCACCGAGUUGCAGCUAAAGCUGGAGCGCGGACGGGAUGUUUCGUCUUAAUGCCCUUUCUGCAUUGGCAGAACUAGCUGUGGGCUCUCGGUGGUACCAUGGAGCGUCACAUCCCACACAGACCAGGCGAAGACUAAUGAUGGUGGCUUUCUUGGGCGCAUCUGCAGUAACUGCAAGUACUGGUCUCUUGUGGAAUAGGGCUCAUGCAGAAUCCCCACCAUGUGUCAACUGCGUAAAGACUGACAUCGGUGAGAGGGGGAAGAAUAAGGAUGACGGGGCAGUUGAUGGCAGUGAAAGAAAGGCUGCAGAGGCUGGUGUCCAGCCCUACCCAGAAGAGAAGAAGAAGAAACGCUCUGGAUUCAGAGACAGAAAAGUGAUGGAAUACGAAAAUAGGAUUCGAGCCUACUCCACACCAGACAAAAUCUUCAGAUAUUUUGCCACUUUGAAAGUCAUCAACGAACCUGGUGAAACAGAAGUGUUUAUGACUCCACAAGAUUUUGUGCGAUCCAUAACGCCCAAUGAAAAACAACCAGAACACUUGGGCCUGGAUCAAUAUAUAAUAAAGCGCUUUGAUGGCAAGGAUUUCUGGCAGCCCAGAGUCAUGGACGAACUAUGUCGACUUUCACUAAAGAAUUUCAGGAUUCUGUCACUAAAUGCAUUGCAGAGCCAUUUUGGCCUUUGGAUGCUCCAGCUCCCUGUCGCUCUACUCGCUGCAGCAGAGACAGAGAAGAUUUCCCAGGAACGAGAGAAGUUUGCUGAUGAAGGCAGCAUCUUUUAUACCCUCGGAGAGUGUGGGCUCAUCUCAUUCUCAGACUACAUCUUUCUUACGACUGUUCUCUCCACUCCUCAGAGGAAUUUUGAAAUUGCUUUCAAGAUGUUUGACUUGAAUGGAGAUGGAGAAGUAGACAUGGAGGAGUUUGAGCAGGUUCAGAGCAUCAUUCGUUCCCAAACCAGCAUGGGCAUGCGUCACAGAGAUCGCCCUACUACUGGGAACACCCUCAAGUCUGGCUUGUGUUCAGCCCUCACAACCUACUUUUUUGGAGCUGAUCUCAAAGGGAAACUGACCAUCAAAAACUUCCUGGAAUUCCAGCGUAAACUUCAGCAUGAUGUUCUGAAACUGGAGUUUGAACGCCAUGACCCUGUGGAUGGGAGAAUCACCGAGAGGCAGUUUGGUGGCAUGCUGCUGGCCUACAGUGGAGUACAGUCCAAGAAGCUGACCACCAUGCAGAAGCAGCUCAAAAAGCACUUCAAAGAUGGGAAGGGCCUGACGUUUCAGGAAGUGGAGAACUUCUUUACUUUCCUGAAGAAUAUCAAUGAUGUGGACACCGCGCUGAGCUUUUACCAUAUGGCUGGAGCAUCUCUCGAUAAAGCGACCAUGCAGCAGGUGGCCAGGACAGUGGCUAAAGUCGAACUCUCAGACCAUGUGUGUGAUGUGGUAUUUGCGCUCUUUGACUGUGACGGCAAUGGGGAGCUGAGCAAUAAGGAAUUUGUUUCCAUCAUGAAGCAGCGGCUGAUGAGAGGCCUGGAAAAGCCCAAGGACAUGGGCUUCACCCGUCUCAUGCAGGCCAUGUGGAAAUGUGCACAGGAAACUGCCUGGGACUUUGCUCUACCCAAAUAGCAUCCUACCUCCUGCACCCCUGCACCCUGCCCUCUGCCCCCCAGUGGCCUCCACUUAACCAUCCUGCAGCUGCUUCUGGGAGUAGUGCCCCUUUCUUCCUGGGAGUCACCUCGGGGUUUAACUGGCUUCCCUCUCUACCCUUCCCUGUCCGGGUCUUCAGUCAUCAGCUCAAAGGAUCUUAAAAGAUGAGAUGUUAGUUCCUUUAACAAACACCCUACAGAUGAAGAGUGCAGGAAACCAUUCAAACACCUGCCAGCCCUGGGAAGCAUCCAGUUCUCCAGUCACUUUUUUUCUGGGUUCCCCCACCCCCCACUGUGGAUUUAUAUUAACAAAAACAGCCCCUGCUCUUUCUCCUGCUGUUUUUAAACUGCAAGUUUGGAAAAUCUCUGGCAGGCUGGAGGAAGUGUGUAAUGAAUGAUAAUGAAGAGGACCCAGCACCUUGAGCCAGCAGGAAGCCUGGCCAGAGGAAGGCUCUGUGUCAGUCCUGCUGGCUCCAGAAAGGCCUUGUGCUCAGAGGAGAGUUCCAUGUUUAAAGUAGCUGCUCCGUGGUCCUCUCCGCUCCCCUCUUUCCUCUCAGGUUCCCAUGAUGCCUCCAAGCAGCAGUGACUGAGUCCCCAUUCCCAAGCCUGUCAUCUCCCCUCCAUAAGGACCUGCAGCACCCAGGCCUGCCUCAGAUCCUGUCUGCCCUGUCUUAAGCAUUCAUAAAAUAUCACUUUAAUUAUAACAGUUUGCAGUAAAUAUCCCUAAAGGCU